UGUACGGGGAGGACGCCGUCGGCCCGAGGACCCGCCGCGCUCGCCAUGGCCAGCCGGCCGCGAAGCCCCGCGGGUCGUGGGAGCCGCGACGCCGACGCCAGCUUCACCACUCCUGAAGGCCCCCAGCCCCAUCCUAGAUGUUCAGACUGGGCAAGUGCGGUUGAAGAAGACGAAAUGAGGACCAGAGUUAACAAAGAAAUUGCAAGAUAUAAAAGGAAACUCCUCAUAAAUGACUUUGGAAGAGAGAGAAAAGCGUCAUCUGGAAGUUCUGACUCGAGGGAGUCUGCGUCUGCCGUGCCGGCCGACCUGGAGACUGAUGAGAGCGUCCUGAUGAGACGGCAGAAGCAGAUCAACUAUGGGAAGAACACCAUUGCCUAUGACCGCUACACCAGGGAGGUCCCGAGACAUCUUCGACAACCUGGCGUUCAUCCCAAGACACCCAACAAAUUCAAGAAGUAUAGUCGGCGGUCGUGGGACCAGCAGAUCAAGCUCUGGAAGGUGGCUCUGCAUUUCUGGGAUCCUCCAGCUGAAGAAGGAUGUGACUUGCAAGAAAUCCAUCCUGUGGACCUCGGGGAAAUGGAGACAGAAUCCGCAGAGAGCAGCUCCGAGUCCCAGACGAGCUUACAGGACAACUCCGAUGUGUACUCUGGUACACCCACCAAAGUUAGACACGUGGACUGCCAAGUGGAGGAUGAGUUUGACCUGGAAGCCUGUUUAACUGAGCCUUUGAAAGACUUCUCGGCCAUGAGCUAACUGGUGCCCCCCGGAGGCCCCUGGGAGUGAGGUUGGGGGCCAGCCACGCAUGCCUCGCGCAUCUAUAACUGGAUGGUGUGUUAAUAGUUUAUUAUCUCAUGGUGAAUUGUUAUUCUUGCCUUAUUUGCUUAAGAAACCUUGAUUUUAUGAAUAGUGUAUUCUGCAUGUUUUGUUAAAUCCAAGGGAAAUUGAACUCGAAGCAGCUUUGCAGCAAACUCAGUCUCUCACUCCCUGCCCCUGUCCAGGCUGCCCUGACAGGGACACUUCAGUGGUUUCCCCACAGCACUUCAGACCUGAAGUUGCCACUUGUCAGGUGGCUGGUUGGGUAUAACCUACACUCAUGGGGACAGUCUAGCACUGGCUUUCUUUACUGGUACCUAAGGAGUCUUGGAACCGUGGACCAAGUCUUUAUGGAAACUAAAUUUCUGGCCUUUUGUCAAUAUGUCAGGAUUUUUUUUUUUCUCAUACGGAACACUCAAGAGUCAAAGAUAGUGAAUUGAGCUAAGCUAACAGAUUUUAUGUAAGUUAUACAGUCUUAAUUUGGUACUUGUAAAUAGCGCCAGGUAGGCCUUCUACCUGUAAUACUCCAAGAGUUUCGGCAGCAGAAGGAUUUAGAAAGAACCUUUUUUACAAUCAGUUAAUUUACCAUGUGAAAUUGCUGUAAAUGAUAAUGUGUACAGAUUUUCUGUUCAAAUAUUCAUUUAUAAGCCUCUUGUUAA